UUUUGCGUUUGUAGCCAUCGAUUCUCUAGCUCUGUAGAGAAUUACAACUCUCUCAAAUGCUAUCUUGCAUUUGUAGCCUAUGCUCUCCUCUUCUAUAAAUAGCUAUCCAAUCACAACUCUCUCAAAUGCAUAGCAGCUGUUGGAGCUUCUGAUAGGGAAAAUGAGCAACCCAAGAAAGAAUCAUUCGGGCAACCAAGGAACGAAUACCAAAAAGCAUAGUCUAGAGGUCGGUAAAGCGCAUGCGAUACUACACCCAAAUGGCGAUGGCGGUAGCGAGGGAAAGAGUGGCAACAAAGGAACUGUCCAGCUGUAUGGAGUAAACUCUGAUCCCUGCAACGAAAUGUUGUCAGGAUAUCUAGCAGAGAAAUAUAAAAUUGAAAUCAAAUGUCUUGUAGGAGUGGAAGCAGCGUUCAAUGCUUUACAAUCCUUUGGAAAAGCUCCAGUGCUCCGGGAUGGAGAUGACUGGCUAUUUGGUAACGAUAUUAAUUGGUCAAGGGAUAUCAUAAUGCACUGUGAAAAGAAAUAUGAAAACUCAACGACAAAAGAUAUUGUGAACUCUUUUGAAAAACUGAAUUCAUUAUUUUGUCAGUAUGUCGUCGCCGAUUGUUGUGAAGUGCCUACGGCAAUGGAAAAUAUUGAGACGCAGUUGGUAACAGAGUUAGAUAAGUAUAUAAAGAAAAUGCGGUCCUUGAAAGGGAAGCCUCCCAGCCUUGUUGAGCUAAUCCGUCGUUCAAUUCUUAAAUUUAUAGAUGACGUUUAUACCAAAACUGAAGGCCCUCUGUUUGUUAAAGCGGGAGAGCUUAGAACUGUAGGGCUGACUGCCUGAGCCUUCAGUAUUAACAAAUCCUCUAUUUGUGUGUUUUGCAGACUUUAAAAAUAAUGGCAAUCCAAGAUUUCCAUCUUGUAGAACAGUGAAAAAACAAUUCCUCUUUUCAAAGAGGUUGGGUUGUCACUUUUUUUAAUUAUCUUACGAGAUCCUUAGUCCCGUUGUAAUUUGGAUUAAGGAUGGGACUUACAACUCUUAAAAUGUUAUGGUGUGUUGUGAUUAUAAACUUAUUAUUAUUA